AUGUCAGGCAGAAAGCACAAAUCGACACAGCGAUGGUCAAUGUAUCCGUCCCUCCAGUCCGAAGUGACGGCCCUCUUGGAAAAAUUCGACCUGGAUUCUCGCUUCCACUCGAAGGACCAUGACUUUGCGCUCCACACAUAUGACACGAAUAUAAUGGGCAGAUUCAGUUGUCCUAACGAUAAAUGCGGUUCGACGGGGUGGUCUAGCAAGAAAAUCGCGAUCACCAUUCGAAUGUAUACUGGAAACAAAUACAAUGCACGACGGCUCAGCCGGCCGAUUUUUGAUGACUCGUACACGGAGCGGGUUGCGUAUCGCUUGAAGAAAUGGAGUGGAGUCGAGAUGGAAGCCCCGGUGUAUAGUGGUGAGAGUCACGGUCCCCACAUCAGGUCACUGUGUGAGGGCUGCAAAGCCGGACACUGCUUUGAGGGAAGGUGGUAUUGUUGA